UUGAGCGCGGCAUCAGCACCAGGAAAGGGAUUUACGUCUUGAUCAGACGUGGGAGCUUCACAGACGUGAUUAGUUUGGAUUUCAGAACACAUUGCAACACUUCCGUUUUGAACACAGCUCUCCUUAUUAAAGCACAAUUACGUCAUUUCCACGUGCCUCUAACUGCAGACACAGAGUGUGGGAAACUUUCGUAGAAUACUUCUUACUCAGUUACUAACCUUCCAUAAUAUUUGGGCCUGAAACUACAUAUGGAUCGGACUUGGAGAUUUGAACCACACCUGCCACCACAGAACUUCUGGACAUCAGAACUGGGAUUAAUCACCACGGACUGGAAGAAGCUUUUUCCUAUAACGAGUCAAACGAGAAAGUUAUACUGCUCUCCCAGGAACAGGCCCAGAUUUAUGUCAUUUGCGUGAAGAAACGGCGGAGGAAAAGAGGACGCAGAUCAUCAGGCUGCCUUUAGAGAAUCCGUAGGGGAGUGGACCUGCCCAGGGUUUCUGUGUACAGAUGGAGGUUGCAUUUCCCAGAGUGCUCUUUGUGACUGCACCGCGGACUGUCAUGACGGCUCUGACGAAUUCGAGGAUACCUGUGGUUUGCUCCAAUGUAAGAAGGAUGACUUUGCCUGUGGCAGUAGGCGAUGAUGGCACUGACGACUGUGGAUAAGAACUGUCCUAAGUCAUAUCCUGUCAUAAGAACUGUACAGCCGAGUACAUCCUCUGUGAGCAGACAGGGAGCAGCGUUGCCAGGCAACUGUCCCGCUGGGCAGGAUGUGGGUCCCGACGCAUGUCCCUCUGGCCAGACCCGGGCUCCUCACACUUGCUUCAGCUCUGAGUUCAGUUGUGGGGACGGCCAAUGUAUGCCUCACUCCUGGAGGUGUGACCACUCGCCGGACUGUGCUGACGCGAGCGACGAGGACGACUGUGGAGAUGUGGCUCAGCUGGUGUUGAGCAAUUCUGAGGGGGUACCCCGGGUCAACACUGCAGGUAUGGAGUACAGGGAGAUAGCUGCUCACUUACUGGGACCAGGGCCUAUGGCUGCCCUCACUGCAAACCGCACUGUCUACUGGGCAAGGCCUGGACAAGGAUCUAUCUACAGAUCCCCAUGGAUGGGAAGCCCCUGGAUCCUGUUCUGCUGUUGAAAAGCCAUGGUGCUGUCCUGGGUCUGGCUGUGGACUGGAUCCAUGAGCAUCUCUACUGGACUAACGCUGGCACUCACUCCAUCGACGUGGCCUGUCUGGACGGCUCUGUACAACGCCUCCUGAUAGGAGGGCUUGCCAUGCCCACUGGAGUGGCUGUGGAGCCCUUGUUGGGACGUUUCUCACCCACUUCCAGACCCAGCGGUGUCUGAUACAACCUAUGCUGGAAUCCUUUCACUUAUAGUGGUCCUGAGUAUGCUGUUGGUGGGAGUGGCGUUGUGGUGGAGGGAUGCGUUCAAGCCUUCCAGGACACUCGCCUUCCAAGAUUUCUCCCUGAAAGAGUCCCAGGAUCCACUCAUACAUUGCCCCUGAGACUUGUCCUAUCAAGGACACUCUGCUAAAGCUGGACUUGGACAGCAACUGAGUGUCCCAAGCCACUUGCAUAAGAGAGACCGGUGUCCAGCAGUGCUCCCGCUUGACUGUGGCUCUCCACUUCAGUUUCAAUGAAGGCUAGAAAAUGACUUGUACAAUUGACUUGAACAAUAUUUUCAGUAAAUUUUUUUCCAAGUCAUUGAUUUUCCUAACUUGACUGUAAUUUAAUUAUAAUUGACCCUAGCCUUGGCGGUCCUCAUGCAUAUCAGUUAUUUAGCUACAGAUGGACACCUCCGCCUAUCUGGGGUACUAUAUCCCUCAUACAUACACUUUCAUUGUGACAUCUCAAUGUCCUUUUGCACUCAGUUGACUAUGUCCAAAGAAAGUUUUGUAAUUCAUAUUUGGACUAAUAUGUAGAUAGAUACAUUGUGUAUAUACAUACAUAAACACACACAAUGUAUCUAUCACUCCACAUUUGUUUGAUUAUUGUAAAUGAUUUGUUGUCCUGUGUUUAGUCUUAGGCUUUUUUUUUUGGAUUCUUAACUACUGAGUGAACUGUAUUUAUGUUUUGAAGGGAGGUUCUAUUUAUUUUUGGAAGGACUGCCGUUAUUGAAGCCUGACCAUUUUUGUGGUUACUUUUGAAUAGUCUUUCAGUUCAUCUUUACUUGUUGACAGUUGAGUUUAUUUAAUUGAAAUGGAAUGAAAUAAAAUAGUUUUCUCCAUAUUCAUGAGGUGAUUUCAUUAACUAAUAUGCUAUCUUGCAUGGUUGGCUAUUAAUAUCAUAUCACCUUAAUUGAUAAAAGGCUUGAUCCUGCUUUUGCAAUAAUGACAAUACAUUUUGAAUGUACAAUUGCUUUGUACAGUGAGUAAUGUGGUUGCCUUUAAACCAGGCAUGACAAGAAUUAUGAGCAGAGAGGAGAGCGGCGCCUUAAUUCCUUUCCUUAUUAGUUCAGAUCAAGGUAAUAAAGCAGCCUUGGAUUACUAUUGUGAUAUCGUCGGAAACAAGAUACAGAAGCAUUGUAAAGCGAUUACUUGAGUAGUACUUUUAUUAUCACAGGGCAGUUAAACAUCAACCUAUCAAACAUUACCAUAGUUAAGCCCACUUGUGCAUGGCUGUCUUCUAAAUGUAUAGCCUUAGGUGACUGUUGGACUUUUGACCUCAAGUCUUUUGAGGCGAUAGGGCAUCCAGGUUAAGUAGUUUUCUGAUGAUGCACAAUCAGGUCCAGUAGAGUGGAUUACGGUGGCGGGGAUUACUGAAUGAUUGAAUGAAUGAAUGACCUUAUUGUUCUUAAUUGAUUUACCUGUAUAAAUAAAGGUGAAAUAAUAAACAAGUAACAAAUUGGCACCAAUGACUGCUAUCUAUGGCUGCAUUCUGCCCCUCAUCUUGCCACAAACUGUCAACUACAAUGUUCCCAGGUAGAAUUAAAUUAGAGCAGAUUAUACCACUUCCAUAAUUCAAAUCUGAAUAAAGAAAAUUCAUCGGCCAUUGUUUGAGGAAGAUUGGUUAACUGGUUCAGGAUGUGAAAUGUCAUCGGUGAGAGAACAAUACAGUGAGUGUAAGAGAAAUUACUUGUGGCCCUGCUCAGACACAACCCCUAGCCCCUACACUAGGCUCUGGGAUCUCACUGGCCCUGCUCAGACACAACCCCUAGCCCCUACACUAGGCUCUGGGAUCUCACUGGCCCUGCUCAGACACAACCCCUAGCCCCUACACUAGGCUCUGGGAUCUCACUGGCCCUGCUCAGACACAACCCCUAGCCCCUACACUAGGCUCUGGGAUCUCACUGGCCCUGCUCAGACACAACCCCUAGCCCCUACACUAGGCUCUGGGAUCUCACUGGCCCUGCUCAGACACAACCCCUAGCCCCUACACUAGGCUCUGGGAUCUCACUGGCCCUGCUCAGACACAACCCCUAGCCCCUACACUAGGCUCUGGGAUCUCACUGGCCCUGCUCAGACACAACCCCUAGCCCCUACACUAGGCUCUGGGAUCUCACUGGCCCUGCUCAGACACAACCCCUAGCCCCUACACUAGGCUCUGGGAUCUCACUGGCCCUGCUCAGACACAACCCCUAGCCCCUACACUAGGCUCUGGGAUCUCACUGGCCCUGCUCAGACACAACCCCUAGCCCCUACACUAGGCUCUGGGAUCUCACUGGCCCUGCUCAGACACAACCCCUAGCCCCUACACUAGGCUCUGGGAUCUCACUGGCCCUGCUCAGACACAACCCCUAGCCCCUACACUAGGCUCUGGGAUCUCACUGGCCCUGCUCAGACACAACCCCUAGCCCCUACACUAGGCUCUGGGAUCUCACUGGCCCUGCUCAGACACAACCCCUAGCCCCUACACUAGGCUCUGGGAUCUCACUGGCCCUGCUCAGACACAACCCCUAGCCCCUACACUAGGCUCUGGGAUCUCACUGACCCUGCUCAGACACAACCCCUAGCCCCUACACUAGGCUCUGGGAUCUCACUGGCCCUGUUCAGACACAACCCCUAGCCCCUACACUAGGCUCUGGGAUCUCACUGGCCCUGCUCAGACACAACCCCUAGCCCCUACACUAGGCUCUGGGAUCUCACUGGCCCUGCUCAGACACAACCCCUAGCCCCUACACUAGGCUCUGGGAUCUCACUGGGCCUGCUCAGACACAACCCCUAGCCCCUACACUAGGCUCUGGGAUCUCACUGGCCCUGCUCAGACACAACCCCUAGCCCCUACACUAGGCUCUGGGAUCUCACUGGCCCUGCUCAGACACAACCCCUAGCCCCUACACUAGGCUCUGGGAUCUCACUGGCCCUGUUCAGAUGCAACUCCUAGUUCCUACACUAAGAACUUGUGUAGAUCUGAAAGGAAUGGAUAUGUUUCAGCAAGAAGGCACACAUUCCUCCUUAGCCAAAUCAGAGGGCAAAGUGGAUCUGGCAUCUACCAUGUUCUGUACAAGUGUAUUUUAUGACCUGUAAUGACUUUCUAAUUAAAAUUUCUGUGGAAACAGACAAACUUAUCUUCUCACUACCAAAUUGCUUAAACCUAUCCACUUUUGGAUCAACAUGAAGUGUCUAGGAAGUAGAGACGACAUAGGUUGGUUCUGGAUGGAAACCACAUUUCUUUAGAAAGAGCAGUUGACAAAGUGUUAGUGACAGCCUUGUGCAAGUGUUGAAGCCAGCGUCCUCUUCCAAGUUCAAAAUCUCCACAUGAACGUGUGCACUAAUCUCCCCUUGUCCCUCCUAUUUAUAACUGCUUUAAGAAAGAGGAAGGGCAGCAAUGAGAUUAGAUCAGAGCCUCAUGGAUCUUCUGCUCAAAUGACUUUUACUCUUCUUCCCCACAUAACGGUCCUCAUCAGGGGAAGAAAGGAGGCUUUGUUCUUCCCCUUGUUGCCCUUUGGACUUACAGGACCACAACUGAGAAGUACUGCACGAAGUAAUGCCACUGAAUGGGAUAACUGGGCCUAGAUGAUUUUUAUAAGACGCUUCAGGUGGCUCGGCAAGCUGCACUGAGUCGAUGGAGCUUUUUUUCCGGCAGUGUUUCCUCCCUUGUUCUUCUGUUAACGUCUGAUGAAGACUGCACCCUGGUUGAUACGACUCGCACUUCUGAGUGUUGAAACUGAGUAAAUUCUCUUUUGUGUUUUCUGAUAUUCUUGUGUGCUAUUCUUACAUUGUUAACCCAAUUGGGACUGGUUGGUUUCUAUGCACAAUUAAAAGCCAGCUCUCACAGAAAACCAACAAAAGUGUCUUGAAAGUGUAUCAUGGAUGCCAAUAGUGCUCAGCUAAAGACUAAGCUGAAAGAGCGACGCUCUACCAUCAAUGUGCUGGGAGCCAGUUUCUCACAGACCACUGAGGAAGAAAAGGCCUUCUAUUUCUCCCAGGGCAGUUCUGUUAAGCCAUGGAACUCUUUGGAACACCUGGACAGCCCUGCUCCUGAGGGCCAGAUCCCAAGACACCAAAAAGAGACGUUGAGACCACAACAGAACAUUAACAUCAACGUAGGGGGAAAAGUCUUUCACAUUCCCAAGAAGAUGGCCGUCAGAUUCCCUCGCACACGAAUAGGCUCCUUGGCCCUGUGCACAGACCGCGUCAAACAGCUCACUCUGUGCGAUGACUACUCGGUGCUCACCAACGAGUUCUUCUUCGAUCGCGACCCAACUUUCUUUUACUACAUCUUUCACUUCUAUAGCAGCGGUGUUCUGUGGGUGAUGCAGGAACUGUGCCCUAUCAACUUCGAGGAGGAGAUGCAGUACUGGGGCCUGAGCUGGAACGACACCCAGCGCUGUUGCCGUAUCCUGUUUGAGGAGAAGGUGGAUGAACUCCGGGACAAUCUGAAGGUGGAAAAGGAACUCUUAGCGGAGAUCGAGAUAAAGCAUGAUGAGGAAGGCUACAAAACCAUGUUCCUGGGAAGAAUUCGCAAAGACCUCUGGGACCUGAUGGAAAACCCUUACUCCUCACUGUCGGCCAAAUCCUUUGCAGUUUUCUCUAGCCUCCUGGUGCUCAUCUCCAUCGUGGCUAUGACCCUCAAUACUGUGAAGGAACUGAGGACCCACACCCUCUCUGGCAAGACCUACCUGGAAUGGGUAGAGAUUUUCUCCAUUCUCUUCUUCACAUUCGAGUACUUCAUGCGCCUUGUUACCACUUGUGACAUAAAGCACUUCGUCAAAAGCUCCCUGAACUUGGUGGACCUGGUGGCCGUCAUGCCCUACUUUAUCCAGCUGAUAUUUGAAGCGUUUGCCAAUGUGGAGGACCUCAGUGCCCAGGAAGAUCUCAAAACCCUGGCUCAUGUCAGCAAGGUCAGCAAAGUGCUCAAAGUUGUCAAGCUGAUGCGCAUCUUUCGCAUCCUGAAGCUGGCCCGCCACUCCACCGGCAUGAGGGCGUUUGGAUUCACCCUGCGCCAGUGCUACCAGCAGGUGUGUUGCCUUUUCCUCUUCAUCGCCAUGGGCAUUUUCAUGUUCUCUGCCCUCCUGCAUUCGGUAGAACGGGAUGUCGAAGGAUCUCCAUUCAGGAGUAUUCCUGAUACCUGGUGGUGGGCGACGGUGAGCAUCUCCCAAGUGGGUUAUGGGGACGUGGUGCCCGUAUCCCUUCCUGGCCGCGUGGUGGCAUUCUCCUGCAUCUUCUUCGGCAUCAUUCUCAAUGGCAUGCCCAUCUCUCUCCUCUUCAACAAGUUCUCAGACUACUAUGCCAAGCUCAAGUACCAGGAGUCCACCUCAACCAGUGUGAAACGCCGCUUGAUGCUCAGGGCCCGUCUCCGUCGCAAACUGGACGUGUGCUUCAAUCCCUCUAUGGGCGACCUGGAGGAAGGCAGGAGCCACUGAGCUCUAGACAGGAUGUACUUUUUUGACAUUGCAGGGGAUAUUUCAAGACUUCUCUACCAAAUCACCAGUGGGGAGGUGGGGUAUGGUCUGGACUAAUAGGAGUGAAAUGGAGCUAAUGAUAAGGACAGGGGACACACAACGCAGACUCAUAGAGAGGAUGUACAAGGGAGGAUGUGGGUCUCACCUUAUGUCAGGGACUGAUACUGCAAUCUUGAGCAAUUUCCUGUUAUUGUAGAGCAGUUCCUGUAAAAGUCAAUGGUAUGUGGUUUUAUGUGCAUAGUGUGUUUGUUUAAGUGCGCAGACCAGAGGGUUGUAAGUUACAGUACAUUGUAAAUGCAGUAUACCAUGUUGCAAUCUUUGCUCUAUUUACUUGCACAAAUUAAAGCUGAUUCUUGUCAUAGUC